UUCUUCAGCAUUUGGUCCAAGUCGCAGUCACCGUGGUGACUCGCGGCGACGUUUGGACGGACCAGGGUCGGCGUGCGAAGUUUGGUCAUGUCGAACUCGGAAAUACAGACCAUAUCAAUUAGUGAUGGCAGCGCCCUGGAACUCUGCCGCCUCAACGAAGUGGACGACGCCACCUGGGCGGAGCUGACGGACUUCGUGGCGAAAUGUCCGGAGACAGCGCAGACAUUGCAAGGUAUGGCAAGGAAUCCGGAGGCCAUGCAAGGUUGGUUGCAGCUGCGUGCGGCGGCAGAACAUUAUCAGAUGAAAGUGCAUCGUAGCAGUACCAUGACGCAACUUCUGGAAACCUUGGAGGCGGAUCCAGCGCUGGGUCACAUCUUCCAGGAUUUGCGGAAGAACGGUGUUAAGGCCGCGUUGACUUACUGCAAUGAAGAAAUGAUGAUGGACAUUAGUGAAAAGGUUCGCACAUAUUUUCAAGAAUGGGUCACUUUGGUAUGGAUGAUGUGGUGUGAUGGCAGGCAUGUUGGUGGAAACAAUCUUGAAAUUCAUGAGAUAUAAAGAAAGUGAG